AUGCGCAGCAUAGACGUGGUGGAGACGGCCAUCACGUCAGCCCGACGCAUCGCUGGCGCGACCGCUAACGUGGCAUCCGCAAUCGAGGACGGGCUCCUCGUGAGCAUCGUGCUAAGCAAGUUGGAUGAGGAUAGCCUGGCCAGAGUCGCUCGCCGGGCAGACCAGCAAGCGAUCCCUACGUGGAAGGAGCUUAGGGACGAGCUCGAUAAAAUGGCAAAUCAGCUCCAUUAUGAGCCGAAGCGCUCGAAGGAGGCAGGCUCCCGUGCCCCAUGCCCCAAAACCCCUCACGCUCCUUCCGCGCCGCGGAAGACAGCCUACGUGGCUCUCACACCCAAGUCAGCGCCGACGCCCGCACCGACGCCCGCGCCGACGCCCGCGCCGACGCCCGCGCCGAAGCCCGCGCCGAAGCCCGCGCCGAAGCCCGCGCCGAAGCUCGCACCGUCACCAACUCCACGCGGAAGCGGGGACGCCAAGCCGCGGCGGCAAUGUUACGCCUGGGACCAGACAGGUCACGAAAGUAAUUUCUGCCCAGAGCUGCGGGCGCGCUCAGCUUUGGAGUGCGUCAAUUAUAUUAUGGAACGUGGCAAGUGCGUCAACUGCUUCUCACGUACCCACAAGGCAACGGACUGCCCGUCGGCAAAGAGAUGUCAGCACUGCCAAGCAAAGUAUCACACCAUCUUGUGCAGCUCAGCAGUGUACCUCGAGGAAAAGAGAUGA